AACAGGCCACCGUCAAAAUGACAGCAGUGGGACGCCGAUGCUGUUUCGAAGUCGAAAAUCGAACGAACCUUGGACUCGAAUCAUGACUCGAACGAUGUCUUAGAUUUCCCCCACCCAACUUUAGUGUGCACGUCGACGUCACACGUGUCAGUGGCUCUGGCGUGCUCCGUUUACAAAGUAGUUUAUUUAUCCCUUCAAUUCUAUUAAUUUUCAAGGGACACUUUCUCAUACAAUUUUACACACCAGCAACUACUUGAGUUCGAUUCCUUCCUGUAAAAUAAAAGCACAGAUGUUUUUUCCUUAAAUUUUAUUGAAAUGGAGACUCGAAAUAAGUUGCAAUGUCAGGUUUGCAGCAUCGGAUAUCCAAGAGCAGCUUCUGAUGAGUAAAAAAAAGGAGAAGAGCAUUUUUCUAAAUCUUCUUCUUCAGUUGGAUCCGCUUAUAAUGCUGAUUUUCGUUUCUAUGGAUUGCACCUCUAUUUUGUCAUUAAACUUGAAUCGUUUCCCAGGUUGUUGUUCGAGAUCAUCAUCUCUAAAAGAUGUAACCACGAGGUUCUACGCCUCUAGACAUGGACAUAUCUAUUUUACGAACAUUAUUAAUCAGUUGUAAUGAAGUUUGGAAGGAUGUUGAAUCAUCGGAUGAGUGGAAAACUGUGGAAAGGACCAAUCGUUUUCCGAUUACAGAUCAUAAUUUACUGAGAGCAUUAACCACUUCACUGGUCAAUCUUUUGAGCUACAAAGUAUCGCGUGAAAUUUCUCAGCGAUAUGCCGUCCGAUUGCAUAUUAUCGAAAUAUUGCGAGAAUGGAGUAGAGUGCAAGGGUCACUAAAAAAUAUAAAAGGCACUUUUACAGACGGAGAAAAAACUCUGAAAUUUGCGACUCAAAUUUUGGAGAAAUACCUGACUGUCGAGUUCCUAAAAGAUACGAAAUCCGUUGAUACUCUGAUGAUUUUAUUCCGUGCCUUGAAAUGCCUCUUACCAAAGAAUCCGUCUUUAUUAAAACACUUGCACAAGAUUCUUUAUCGUCUCGCCGACUUGGAGUUUACAGAGGAAAGCGAGCAAUUACUCGUCUCGAUUACAGAGUCGAAAGAGGAGGACCUGGAAAUUGAUUUGUCUCUUCUGGAACGAAUAUAUUCUUCGCAAAGGCACAAGUUUAUCGAAAAGCCGUUGACGGAAGCUUACAUAUUGAGUUGUUGCGGAUUGCAAGAUCCAGUCAAUAUCGAGCAAAAGCUCGAUAAACUUUUCGAACGUAUGGUUCACUCGCCAUUAAUAUUUCAAUUGGCUUCUAGUUUCGUGAGAGAAAUAUUCGUAGCUGCGAGUUAUUCUCAAGAGGCUCUGAAUUUCAUCAAAUUUAUUUUAGAGUCUAUAAUUAGUCGCUGUAAAAGAUGCGAGAAAGACAUUGUUGAUCUUUACCCGAUGAAUUUACAAUCGUGCGCGAUUCUUUUAAGAAUCAAGCCAGAGAGUCACUCGAAAAAGACGAUACUUCAUACAAUGAGAAUGCUCAAGGAUAUUUUCUUGAGAUGUAAUGAGGACGCUUUAAUUUUAGUAUCUCACUUUCCAGAUUGGCUAGAAAUCUUCUCGUCUUUUCUGGUAGAAAAUGGGUAUGAUUUACCAAAUUCGCAAAUUGAGAAUCAAGAUGGAGACUGAACUUUUUAUUUGUUAUGUGUAUAUUUUGCAGGCAAUUGUGUUAGAGAUAGUGAAAGUUAUGAUUUUUUACGAAUAAAAAUUUAUUUUUUUAUUUA